AUUGGAAAGCUAGGUCAGGGUAGGCUAGGUCAGAGUAGUGCAUUGGGUUUAUCAUAUCUGAUUGUAGAAAACAAUAUACAGGCCGAAAUUUUGGUGCCAUUUGUUGCCAGUCUUGCAAAUCCUUUUUCAGACGCUAUGCGUUUAAACAUAAGUAAUAAUGUUGAAUAUCAAUUGAUCGAUCUUAAAACAAACACAACAGACACAGCAUUAGUCCCGAUAUCCAAACCCCUCACCGAUUAUAACGGCUUAAAACAACUGGAGUUUCAACGCAUCUCUGAAGUGAUCACUGCGUCCACUAUAUCUACUAUUGAAAUACCGCUCGGAAUCGGAAUCGCAAACAAAAACGUGGAAAUGAUGAAUGAAAUCCAGAGAUCAAAUACCGGUGCUAUGAAAAAACAUUAUGAAUUAUGCGGACCUCUCCUUAUAGGUAUUGGAAAUGCAUUGGGUUUAUCAUAUCAGUUUGUCGUAAACUAUACAGACACAGCAUUAGUCCCGAUAUCCAAACCCCUCACCGAUUAUAACGGCUUAAAACAACUGGAGUUUCAACGCAUCUCUGAAGUGAUCACUGCGUCCACUGUUUUCAUGAGACCUUUUGACUUGGAAAUAAUGAGUGAAAUCCGGAGAUCAGAACCGAUGGACGUAAUGAUAGAAAAGAAAGUGAUCAAGAUAAUUAAAAUGUACCAAUAUGCAGGUCGAAAUUUUGGUGUGAUUUGUUGUGAGCCCUGCAAAGCAUUUUUUAGACGCAAUGCAUUUAAAGCAAAGCCAUUCAUUUGUGUAUUUAAUGACAAUUGCAUUAUAAGUGCGGACAACAGAAAUGACUGCAAAAAGUGUCGUUUGGAUAAAUGUUUUGCUCUCGGAAUGAAAUGCAAUCAAUCACAAUGCGAUACAAAUGAUGUACAAAUAAUUGGUUGCAAAGUAACUAAAAGACAGACAAACAAUGGGUCACACAAUUCACAUGAAAACAAUAUACAAAGUGAUGACAAUUAUGACAGUAAUGACAAUGAGAUUGUCCAACAAAUUGCCACAAAUAUAGUAAUCGGUAAUAAAGAGGGCUAUAAUUCCGAACUAAUCCCGAUAUCCAAACCCCUCACCGAUUAUAACGGCUUAAGACAACUGGAGUUAAGCCGUAUAUCGGAAGUAAUCGGCGCCACAAAGGUUUUCAUUGAACCGAUCGCUGAAAAUAAUUUGGAAAUAAAGAGUGAAAUUGAAUUAAAAGUUUUUGCUGAUCUCAUGCCUGAAGACCAGAUCUCGCUGUUUAAGUUCGGCAUUUGUCAAAUUGUUCACAUGAGACAACUCACACUCGAACAACAACUGUAUAUAUAUUUACUGCAAAGAUAUCUACUAUUGAAAUACCGCUCGGAAUCGGAAUCACAGACAAAAUUACAGAUAUUUAUGAAUUCACUAAAAGAUUUGGAUACUAUUCAUGAACUACAGAGAUAUGGAUCUCCCAGUAGUGAUUAUGAUUAUACCAGUCCUAUUGUUAGAGAAAUUUUUGACCUGGUAUAA